AUGGUCGCACCAAAAUAUUGGAAAGAUAAGGGAAAAGAAAUCCCUGAAGAUGACGAGGACUGGACCCCCGCAGAUGAAGUAUCAUCAGCAGAAUCCGAAGUAGAUGACCGUGUGAUCAGAAACCUAGGCGGGACAAAAAACUCGAAAAAUCACUUCCCAAACACUCAUCAGUCAGGUUCAAACACAACCAAUCCGAAUAUAAAGAAUCCAACAACCAAUCCAAACACCCCACCGGCUGAUCCUCUGUUUGAAGAAGACUUUAAUCGGAACAAAGGCGUUCAAGAUCCGGAUUUAGCCUCGACUGUUGCUGAACAGACUCGAACUAUAGCUCACCUUCAUGUGAAGUUGACCAAAACAGAUGCCAAGGUUGAAGCCCUCGAAAGCGAGGUGAGGACUUUGACUGGCAUUGUUGAUAAAUUGAUUGGGAAGAGUAAAGAAUCUGAAGAAAGUGGAAGCAAAAGUGGGGGCCGGACAGCAGCUUGUGUGCAAUUCCAUGUGGCGUGUAUGUUAGGUCCAGGUGCCCACAAAAAGCUCCCCAAUCCUGCAAGUUUGGAAGAGAAGGCAAUUGACAAAUACAAAUCUAGAGUUGUCGAAUCUAUUCCUGGGACUUCGCCUGGUCAAAAGGGACGUCGGCCACGACAGCGCAUCCGAGGUAAUCAUCGACCGCUCAGCAGAAUAGAAGCGCCAGUUGGCUUGCCAGUAGACUGCUAUUCAGAUGAGUGGCUGGGAACCUUAUCAGCUGUGCAGCGGGCUCAGCUAGAGAUACACCCAGCGCCUGUUCUUGGGCAAUUCAGUUCUAUGCUUGCCACAGAUGACUAA